AUGCGCGCCUUUCCCUCAGAAGACUGGAGCUCAGACAGUGACGAGACAAUUGCUCUGAAGGUAGCGGGUGGGCUGUUGGAAACGGGGACCGGAAAUGUGAUAUCACAAGCCUCCAGGUUACUUUCUAGGGACGCUAGUGUCACAUCGAUAACCAACCUUUCCAUGUUGACAAGCUUGUUUUUAGCGAAUGAACCGCCGGUGCCCAUUCUCUUCGCUUCCAAGAUCGCGCGGGGCCUAGAAUGGUUUGUUGAGGAUGUGGAUGAAUUGAGCCGUGAUACCAGUCAAUGCAGCCUGGUAGGAACUUACGAAUUCAUCAUGCUGAGUACUUGGGUUAGUACGGGCUGCCUGGGUAGGGACUUAGGGAAGGAAGAGCAACCAACAGAGAUGGACAGCACGAGAAUUGAGCUGGCGCAAAUCUCGGCGUUUAUCAUAUUUAACACAACGGCCGAAUUAUUUCAUGUCAAGGCUCCCUUUUCAAGGGUGAGCUUUAUAUCACCAGUUGAUGACACGGAGGCUGUCAAUACCUCUGGCUCCGUACUGAGAAGCCAAGGAAAUCCUGUUGUCACUUGCAUCUCUGCUUGUGAGGCAUGUCUCAAAAUAUGGCGCCGUACGAACUAUCCCCUGUCGCAACUGGACCAGGCACUGACAGCUCCUCAGAAUCACAUCAAAGCUCAGGCACACGAUCACCCCCGGUUCCGAGCGUUCGCUGCCCGAUACGGACAAUACAUGCAUCAAUUGAACAUGAGGAUGUCAGUCGCAUUGUUACGGAACCCAGACGCUGAACGAAGAGCAAAAGAAAAGGCCGAAGCACCAACGGUCAAGACCGAAGAGCAGCAGAAACGAGACGAUCAGCUUAAACAGAAGCAGGCUCCCGAACUCCCCAAGAAGAGCAUACCGUUCCAAAACAUCUGGAGACGCAAGUUCAGGCCACUUCCCGAGAACAAAGCGGUCGAUCUGUUCGCCGAUGUCAUUGGAGAUGCGUUCAUCCUCUCGGUAGCCAUCGCUUUAAUUGUCUACGAAACCUGGAAGUCGUCACAGAAGCCCGACAUGAACAAAUUGCGGAUAGAAGAACUGGAUCAGAAACUUGAAGAGCUGAAGAAGAGGGAAGACCAGCUAGAAGAGGCGGAAAAGAAGCACAAGGAAAGAUAUGAAAGCUUGGAGGAGACACUGCGCCAGUUGAGGGAUCCCAAGACAAAUCAAUUGCUAGUCCCGGCGUUACAAGUAUCAUAA